AUGUUUCACGUCGGAUUGACUGAAGCACUGCGUUUCUUGCACACAAGCGAGCGUCUUACACACAACAACAUUUGCCCAGAAGCUGUGUUACUAACCCACCGAGGACAAUGGCGCCUGGCUUCAGUCGCUUUUCUGCAAGCCACCACCCGGGGCAAUUCAAUAGUAUCUGGCGGUUCAGGCACCGAGAUCUACUCUUCGACGGCUAGCGGGUCGCCACUCAGCCCAUGUUUUGGGAGCAGCGGUCGCACAAAUGCUUUCGGCUUCGAAAAGGUGACAACAUCAAAUGCCUCGUCCUCUUCAAAUCCACUACUCUCCUCGUCGAAUGCCGGAAUCGGUACAUCUGGCCUCAGCGCGGGUGCGUCUUUGUCGCCGAUUUCUUCUGAAUCAGGCGGUAGUGGCCAGUCGCUUGGGGUACGCACCUUCAGUUAA